AUGUCAAUUUUUUUAAUAUUCUAUUCAUUACUAAUUGUUUAUGUAACAUUCCCAAGUGUUACAACAAAACCUACUGACUCUGUAUCCUACAUAGAAACACUAAACUUUCAACAUGAAAAUGAUAAAUGGAUUUGUGGUGAUGUUGAAUGCCCCGAGAACACUUUUGGCUGUAAAAUACGCAUAAAAAGCGAUGACGACGAUAAAAAGGUUCUUCAUCAAUCCUUUACAUGUUUUGACGAUGAAAAACAGAAUAUACUAGAUGCUGAAACUAAAAUUGAAUUGCCGAUGCGUAAACAAAUUGAUAUAGACCUGGAGACCUAUGUGGGAGCAGUAUCGUCAUUUAGUACUGGCUAUGGCAUGGGAGGCGUUGAAAAUGCUAAUGGUGUUGUUGCUGAAAAUUAUUUAAAUGGUUUAAAAGAAUCCGCUAGGGGAAAUAGGAGAAUAUUUGCAGAUAUACAGGAUCAAUUACAGCUAUAAAAUAUUAAAUAUGCAAUGUAUUUAUUCAAAUUAAAAUGAAAUAAUAAAAAAUAUCUACAUACAUACUAAA